AUGGGACCGCCGUUUGUGCGUCAUCGUCAACGCGUCUUUUCCAUAAACAAUCUUGAGAGAAAAGAAUGCGGUGGCUGUGGAUGUAGGAUGAAUUGUGCAGAACACAGUCGUAAGACAGGGAGAAGUGUGACUCAAUGCGAAUUCUACGUUUCCCACAAAUAUUUCAUAAGCCUCUCUUCAUCAUCAAUACCUGAUAAAAGAUCCAAUGAUACGGAAGUACCCCUAACCGGACAAGAGGUUCAGCGACUUGAAAAAUUGGUCGAUGUCUUGAUUGAGUCGGUCUUCCCAGAUAAAGCCAAACAAGCAAGGGAAAUAGUCACCAACGUGGUCAAAACUUCCCUUUCUUCGCAUCCCGCGAGUAAAAUGACCCUUAAUGAAAAUACAAAUUCGAUCGUUCUCGAUCUUCCAAUUCUCGCUGAGCCUAGCUUGGAGGUGAAACCAUCGGGUUCUCCUCUGAGCAAUAUCCUCAAUCACACCUUCCCCAAUUCGUUGGUGGAACUGGUGAACAAGCUCAACAAGAUGUCAAUUAAUCCGGCUAGUUUCGAUUUUCUAAAUUCAAAUUCAAAUGUUCCUUCACCUUCUACAUUCCCCACGAAUAAUCCAUCUUCCCAAUCCUCCACCCCUUUGCCACCACCACCCCCAUCCGAGGAUCUGAUCAGACAGUUGAUUAAUGAUUAUUUCAAUCGUUUCAAUGUUGUCAUUCCUAUCGUGGACCGGCGAAAAUUCCAAGAAAUGUGUAUUAAGGAAAAAGAUUCGGUCCACACAAAGUUGUUGAUGAAUUCGAUUUUGGCCGUUGCUGCGAGGUUUUCCGAUGAUCCCUCCAUACAAAAAAGUCCCGAGAAACCAGGUGGCAUCUUCUUUGAUGCCGCAAAGAAACUGUUGGACAACAUGUACAAUGUUCCAAAGUUGGAAACUCUUCAAGCAUUAUUACUCAUAUCUAGCUCCGAGGUUAGCAUAGCACGCGUAGAUAGUGCUACCAUGUUUCUUGCUAUGGCCGGUACGAUCCUCUCGGAAUCGUUGAAAUUUUUUAUGACAAUCUGUUUGACAAACAAUUCUACCUUUUUUCCUAGAUGGGUUUCAUUCAUGUUGGGAAAACCCGCCUUGAUUGAAGACAUAAAUAUCAACGUUCCUUUACCGACAUUGGCUUCAUUCGAAAGUUCAACCAGGGUCUUCUUCAUUUCGUGGAUAAAGCUAUCGCGCAUUCUAGGUGAAAUUUGGAAGUUCGGUUACUCUUCGAAGCCUAAAGCUUGUAGUGCAAAUUGGCAGAUUCACAUGGCAGAUCAAAAAAGCACCUUGAGGCAGAUACGUGCUGCUUUGGCCAAGUGGUUAAAGGAGUUACCAGAUGAAUUGCAAUAUCAGUAUUUACCAAACACUGAUCCACGAAGUUUGAUCCAAUUGACGAGAUUUUCCGAUUUCGCCGGAUACAUAAACAUUCUCUUCCACGUCUGCAUGAUAGUUCUUCAUCAACCCUACCUGUCACAGGCGAAAAUUGGAAUUCAAAGUCAAGGCUCAAACGGUCCAAUCAACACGUGCCUCACCGCCGCCAUUACGAUCACCGAUAUUGCAAAGACAACUCGGAAAUACGAUAAGGAUGCAUUUUGUAAUUUUCAAUACGUCCUUUACGGACUUCUACAGUCUUCUUCGAUCAUAGGAAUGACUAUCAUGAAUGGUGCACAUGAAUAUGAAUCCACCGCCAGAAAGGCUUUGCGUGAUGCCAUAGAAGAACUUAAAUAUGCUGCUGAAAGUUGUAAAAUUAUAUCAAUGCAAGAGAUAGUCAAGGAGUUGGAGGGCGUAAUGAGAAUUGCGAAUAGCAACUCAUCAGACAUCGCGAUUCCGUUCCCCCUUGUUCUACAGAUUUUGGAAUCCAGGGGUUCAGCAAAUAAUGGAGGAGGGGGAUUUGGGCAUGCUCCGCUGAGAAAUAUGGGUUCGGGACGUGAUUUCGGUAAUAAUAAAUUAACCUCGUCACCCAUGAGCGAAUGUUCAACGGCGUCAAACUCGUCGAUCGCGCAAGAUGAUGAAAAUUCGUUGAAAAUAAAAUAUCCCACACCGCCCAGUCUCACGACAAACUCAACUCCAAUGCCAAUGUCUCCAUCUCUAUCACCCUCAUCAAAUCACUUGUCAAAUCAGCAGGCCGACCCAAACUCGUUCAUUUUCGAUACGCAAGACCAAACUUCAUUACAAUUUAACCAAAUUUCGUCUAAUAUCGACCAAAAUAUCACGCAGGACACGGUUGGGGGUUGGAACUCGCCGUUUUUCAUAAACGACGGUUUAUAUGAGCUCAUGAAUUCCUCCAAUUCAUCAAAUUCGUUAUAUCCUCCCAGUAUCAUUGCGAAUGUAUGUAACAAUUCAAGUAGUCAGCAAGCGAUACAAAUAGACAAUGGCGAGAGGACUUUAUGA